AUGGAAAUAACCAUUGAUGGGCGAGUCUUUCCCGGAGAAUUACCCUGGACAGAAGCUGUCAAACAGUGUGGUACAUGUUCUUUAAAAACGGACAUCAUUGGCCAUUAUACUGGCUUGACAGAUUCUCACAAGAACCACGAGUUUUGGACGGGCUUUUACAGACAAAGCUACGUAUAUUGGAGCCCUCCGGGUGGCUUGGAGAGCGGUAGAAAAAACUCAAAUCUCCAUCAUUGCAUAGCAGUUAAAGUGAACGAAGAUGGAACACUCUACCCCGUCACUUACCCACAAGAUUGCUCAGAGUCAUUACCUUCCAUUUGUGAAAAGUCAACAAAACGUGAUGGUGGUUGGUCGGACUGGUCUGACUGGAGCGAGUGCUAUUUCGUGAAUGGUAUGGACAAAAAAUCUAAGACUCGCACAUGUACCAAUCCUUCUCCACGACAUGGCGGAAAAUACUGCGAGGGGGAUGAUAAAAUAGAGCGACCUUGCCUUGAACCUCAAUUUGUUGGAGGUAUUAAAGAAAAAACCGUUCCAAGCAAAGAGAAUGGAAGUAAACAAAGGAAAUAGAAGAUAAAACGGUUAUCAGUUAAAAAUAUGGAGCCAUUGAAGACAAAAUGACUUAUUUGAAAGCUUCAAAGGAUUCUAUACAAACCAUAUAUGUACAGAAGGCAGGGUGGAGAAAAGACUUUAUU